CCUCCACUGCAUAUCUUCUGAGGUGUGGAUGAAUACAUGCUGACUGCUCAGGAGCUCAUAAUUGAGCAUAGCAUUCUAAAGAACUUUCCUGUAGGCACCUUUCUGAUAUUGGAAGGCUGCUCUCAGGAUUUCUCUGGAGACUUCUACAGGCUUGAACAACCCCAGCUCUCUCAGCCUCUCCUCAUAGGGCGGAUCAUACCAGAAAGAAGAUAUGUAGAAGCAAUAAAUCGUCAAGCAUAUCAGUAUGAAAUGGGUGACUUUCCAACAGAAUGGGAAGCAUGGAUAAGGAAAAAAAGAAAUGAUCCACCAACAAUUCAGUUCUCAGCUAUGGAUGAUAGAAGCUGCCAAACUGCUCAGGCUUUCAUGUCGUAUGAGGAGCUCUGUGAUCAAACCCUAACUGAAAAUAUUAUUGAAAAUAUUCACAAAUCAUCUGGUCAGCUUACUGAUCCUACUGACAGCAUGAUGACCACAUUAUGGAAACCAGUUGUUUGGCAAAUACUGUAGGCCAACACAAUGUCAUACGUAAUCAACAUGAUAUGUCACUUAAGUGAAAAUUAAUAUAACUUAUCCUUCCUUACACUGGUCAAGGUAGCUGGGUCAUAACACCAGCUAAGUCUGUUAAGACUUAAUAUUCUUAUGCCUUGAUAAUGUUUUAUGUUUGGGCCAUUCUUUCUUGCAAAGGCACCUAACUGAUUUUUUUGUUCUAUUUCUGUUAUAAAUUUUUCAUUUUCUCACAGAAGAAAUUACCUUGCAUCUCUCUUUCUUUAGAUGCUAUUUGAUUUUAAGAAAGAAUACUCCAGUGACUCCAGAAGACAACUUUUUCCGAUGUUAUUUCUAAUCUGACAAAUAACAUGAGACAUGUCAGUGAUGGGUCUUGAAAACUUGCUUCCCAGAUACUGAAAGCAGUUGUUUACCUUUUACUUUUUUGCGGCUUGAAAUAUGCCAAAUAUAAUUUUCAGCUCACUUAUGAUGUAUGGAAUAACUCUGAAAAUACCUGUAGACUAGGUUGCUUCUUACCUUGUACAGAAACAUAUUCUGGUCCCUACGGUGAUAAGGGAUUCCAUAUUGAGAGAGAAUUUUGGAUUAUGUCUGUACCCACUGUAAGCAUUCAUGGGUGUGUACACAAAUGGAUAUACAUAGUGUUUAAUAACACAUGAGAAUCCGAGGUUAUAUGGGUAUAUUUUUGCUUACUAUAGAAUUCUGUCAUUGUUCUUUUAUAUGUAUUGUGUAUGGAUGUAUGUGGCUGCCUGCAGACAAUUUGUCACUACAUUUAUUCUGUAAAUUAUAUCUUAAGCAAUUAUAAUAAGUGAUGAAAAAUUAGACUGUUACAUUUUUUCAUUAUAUAUAUAGUAAAUGAGAUGUAUACAAUAUGUUUUUGAGCAAGUAGGAAAUGUGUGCACAUGUAGAGAGCAUAUAAUUUUAAAUUAAUGAAAG